AUGGAGAACGAAGAACUGUUUGCGCGUGAGCCCGAAGUUGACGCGCGCAUGCGCGUCCGAGGCGCCCAAGCGACUGGUCCCAUUGCAGAUGUGACCGAGAACACGCCUUUGAUCGCUGGGACCGAUGGAGAAUUGCAUCGACUGCCCUAUGACUUUACGGAUCGGCCGCAAUGGAGGAGGCCCAGUAUCUGGUGGCUGAUGCCGUUCGCCCUGAUUUUCACCUUGGGUUUCGGCGGCAUUGCCGUCCCCAAGAUUAAUCUGAUCAUGUCGCUUAUUUGUCGAGAUUAUCUCGCCGAGAGAACCGCCCAAGAUCCUGGGUUCACCUACCUUCCUGUCAUAUUCGGGGAGGACAACUCCCAGUGCCAGAUUCCGCAGGUUCAGUCGCUAGUCGCCCAGUUCCAGCUCUACCUUAACCUUGUUGCGGGCAUUAUCUCGGCAUUGGUGAGUCCCCGCCUCGGACACUUGUCUGACCGCUAUGGAAGAACCAAUAUGAUCGCGUGGUGUGCGUUGGGUGCUGUGUUUAACGAAGUUAUCGCUGUAAUCCUGGCUACAUGGCCUGAGCGGCUCUCGGUCAAUAUGCUUCUGGUCGGAUCGGUUAUGGAUGGAUUAGGUGGAUCAUUUACAACCGCACAAGCUCUGAUCCAUUCAUACGCCUCUGAUUGUACGCCGAUCGAGAAGCGCAGUGUGGCAUUUGGCUUAUUCCAUGGUUCGCUGUUCUUUGGUAUUGCUGCUGGACCUGGCGGGGCUGCCUGGCUGAUCAAGCAUGGGGGCACGCAGCUUGUUUUCUACAUUGCGCUUACAUUCCAUGCCAUUUUCUGUCUAUCGGUGUACUUCAUCGUCCCCGAAUCGUUGUCCAAGGACCGACAGCUCGCUGCCCGCGAGAAGCACCGCGUAAAGAACGCGGAUAUGGAAGCCCCGAAGUGGUAUUCCUGGCGCGUGUGGAACCCGAUGAACCUGAUUACACCCCUUGCGAUUCUGAUGCCCGCAGUCGGAAGGCCCAGUGUCUUGUUUCCCAAUCGUCGCGGUGCCAGCUCGGCUCUACGUCGAAACAUUGUGCUGUUGGCUGCGAUUGAUACCGCUAUGUUUGGAGUCGCCAUGGGCACAAUGCAGAUCAUCAUCAUCUACGCUGAGUACAUGUUCAAGUGGGGCAGCGUGGAAUCCAGUAUCUUUAUUGCGGUCAUCAACGUGGUUCGCGUUUUCAAUCUUUUCCUCGUGCUCCCGAUUAUCUCUCGCCUUUUCCGCACUCCGUGCAAGGAGGAUGGGAUCAUUCGUGGUUCAGACACGCUGGACGUUGUUUUAAUACGAACUUCCAUCAUAUUCGACAUACUCGGAUAUGUUGGCUAUGCCUUAUCGAAAACACCAUCCGUGAUGGUGCUUUCUGGAGCCAUUGCCUCUCUGGGUGGCAUGGGGUCCGCGAUCCUGCAGUCAUCUCUCACCAAGCACGUGCCUCAUGAACGCAUUGGACAGAUGCUUGGUGCCACUGGUCUUUUGCAUGCACUUUCUCGAGUCGUCGCACCUACGGUGUUUAACCUAAUAUACAGUCUAACUGUUGCAGUUUUGCCCCAAACAGUGUUUGUGGCACUUGCAGCUGUCUUCGGCGUAGCGUUUCUAACGAGUCUGUUCAUCAAGUCGCAUGUCACUCUUGAAAGCGAAACCUCUGCGGAUCUUAGGACGGAAGAUGGCGAUGGCGAUGGCGAGCAAGACAGGCUCUUGCGAUAG